UCUGGGGUGUUUACGUCCGGCGCCGUGCGCUGUUGUUCUCGGGGUUUCUCGUCGGAUUUUGGGUAGGGACAAGAUAUGUCGUCGGCGACCUCGUCGGAGCUCUCGGAUCCCGGCAGGCUCGCCGGGGGCCGGAACCCUUCCCCGUCGCCGGAGAAGCCCGCCCCCGCCGCCGCCGCCAUCAACUUCUCCCAGACGUGCAGCUUGCUCAGCCAGUACCUGAAGGAGAAGGGCACUCUCGGCGAUCUCACCCUCGGCGCGCCCGAGAUGUUCCGUCGGGCUGCCGCGGCGAACCCGAUGAGUUUCGCGGCGCCUCGGCCGGUGAAGUCCAUGGAUCUGUUCCCUCAGCAAGCCGGGUUCGGCUCCGCCAAGGGAGAUGCCGCCGCGAAAGUUGCUGCUGCUGCUGCUGAUUCGAUCGGGGCCAAAUCUGCUACUAAGGAGCCAGAAACUGCACAGAUGACCAUUUUCUAUGCUGGACAAGUCAUCGUGUUCAAUGAUUUCCCGGCCGAUAAGGCGAAAGAGGUCAUGCUCAUGGCAAGCAAGGGAAGCCCGCACAAUUACACCCCGCCGGGCACUCCCACUCUGUCCCCCGCGAAGAAUGCCUAUGCCCCUGAAACAGUAAAGAGUCGGGUCGAUCCGGGCCCGAGCCGUGGUCUCCCCCCACAUCAUCCGGUUAAUAACAUGAUCCAAGUGUGCAUCCCCGGCCUCCCUGAGCCAACAGGUUCGGAUCUGCCUAUCGCCCGGAGAAACUCGCUCCACCGCUUCCUGGAGAAGAGAAAAGAUAGGAUUACAGCAAGAGCACCGUACCCAAUAGCCGGCUCAGCUGCAACCCCUUCCAAGCCUGCUGAGAGCAAGUCAUGGCUCACUUUAGCUGCUCAAUCGCAGUAGUUUUGAGCAUUUUCUUUUUAUUAUUAUUAUUAGUUAUUAAUCUUAGCAAUUAUUAAGUUUUGUUAAUGAUGAUUUCCUUAGCUCCAGACUCCAGCGCCCUUCUUGUUCUUUCAGCUUUGGCUCCACUGACCAUUGAGCCAGGCAAAGCUGAUUAGGCCUAACUGUCCAUUAAAUUCUACCAUUAUUUUGUAUUUAACUGCAGCAUCCCUCUUUCAAUUACUACAAUUAUUAUUAAAGCUA